AGAGAGAGAGAGAGAGACGAAUUUGCAAGCGAAGAAGACGCGAAUAAGUGACGAAGACAGAUUGGAUUGGACUGUGAUAUAGAAAUUUAGGAAGGGAAAUUCAGGAGACGGAGAGGGAAAUUUUUCAAAAGGCGAGAAGGGAAAAAAAAAAAUAACAAAACGAGGGCAGGGAAAAUUUGUACGAAGGAAAGCAGCAGGAGGAGGAGAGGUAAACUUUAAGCAAAUAACAAAGAAAAUAGCUCUGCCUGACUAAUAAAUAGGAGGAGAAGGCGGAGGAGGAGGCGGAAAUAAAAGAAGAAAGAAGAAGAAGAAGAAGAAGAAAGAAGACGUUAGAGCGAAAGUUGAAAUAUGAUCUUUAGCGCUUGAGAAAACAUGUGAGAUAAGAAACAACAAGAACAAAAACCAGUAAAAAAAUAACAAAACUAAUACCAAUACUAACACUAAUAAUCCUAACAAUAACACUAAUAACCUCAAUAUAUAGAAACAGAACGAUAAGAAAGGAUAAAAUAGCGAAAUAAGAGAGAUAAAAAGAGUUCUUCCCAUAAACAUCCACUUCAUUAGAGAGUUAGCGAAGAACGUCCAAAAGUCUACGGUCAAAGUCAGCCACGUUUAACUACCCGGCUAUGUGGUCAUCGCGAGUCACCGUUGCACUGACUCUCAUUACGACAGCGGCAGCAGCGGGCGUGGUCACGGUGCCCCGCCCGCCCCCGCCCCGCCCCCCGCUGGACACGCGCCUGUCGGAGGAGUCUGGUCGGCUGGGCGGCAGCAGCAGCCGGCCCGUGGCGCCCAUCGAGCCGCUGAUGGAGCUGGGCGGCGGGGGCCUGGCGCCGCCCGGGCCCCUUCAGCCCGUGUUCGACGAGGCGGCGCCUCGCAGGGUGUCCAGCCUGACGGGCGGCACCGCUUACCUGCACUGUGUGGUGCACCACCUGGGCGGCGGCAGUGUGUCGUGGAUCAGGCGGCGGGACCUGCACAUCCUAACGGUGGGCACGUACACGUACACAACGGACCAGCGCUUCGAGGCCGUGCACGCCGCCGCCUCACGGGACUGGAUCCUCAAGCUCCGGUACGCCCAGGAACGCGACUCCGGCCUCUACGACUGCCAGGUGUCACGCCGGCCCGUUCUCACCUUCAGCGUGCGGCUCGACGUGUACGCCCCCCGCGCCAGCAUCGUGGGUGCCCCGGACAUGCACGUGGACCGCGGCUCCACCAUCAACCUCACCUGCACCGUCAGCCACACACCUGAGCCGCCCGCCUACAUCUUCUGGUAUCACAACGGACAGGUUGUGAACUACGAGUCGGAGCGCGGCGGCGUGACGGUGGUGACGGAGCGCGGCAACACGACGCGCGGCUUCCUGCUGAUCCAGGACGCGCGGCCGCGGGACUCCGGCAACUACACGUGCGCGCCCUCCAACACCGCGCCCUCCGCCCUGCGCGUGCACGUGCUGAACGGCGAAACUCCGGCAGCCAUGCAGACCAACGGAGCAGGCGGCGGAGUACUCAACCCUCACCAAAGUUCCCAGGCAUACCUCAGGACCAGCAUCCUUAUCCUGGCCCUCUUCCAUCUAUUAGUGAGGGUGGCGCUAACAGGGGACGGCCCAGGCUCUCCCAUUAGCGUUGAUACGUGAACUGACUGACUCCUUGCUCCGUCCCCUUGGCUAGGCUACGUGUGUGUGUGUGUGUGUGUGUGGACCAAUGGUGUUAGACGGUGUUAGUGUUUUUUGUGUGGGGGAGAGGGUAGAUUAGGUGACUAUUACAGGAAGACUGGGAGAAAGGAAAGCUUGUACGGAGAAAUGUUUAAAGGGAAAGAUUGUAAUGGGAUAUGCAAGGAGAAAAAGCAUAUGAAAAGAAAGAUGAGGAAGAUACAUUACGACUAACUGGAGAAGAGGAAAGAGUAGAGGGUAUAUGAAAAAAGAAUUAUGGGGAUGAUUAUGAAGAUGCAAAACGAGUGACCGAAAGAAAGUAAGAAUUAGGAAAAACGGGAAAUAUUUAAAGAGUAAACGAAUCUGAGAAAUGCGAAGAAAAAAGGUGUAUAGGAAAGAAUAAUGAAAAGGAGGGAGAUAAUGAGAGAUGCGAAGA